GCGUGAAAUCUCAUCCUCGUUUCCCUAUAAAUUCCGACCUCAAACACCAUACUUCCUCGAACCGCUUGAGCAGGAGAACAGACCAACUCUUCAAAGGUCCAUUCUUUUUCUCCGCUCAAGCUAGACCCAACUCUCUCUCUCCCUCCCUCUAUCUCUCAGAUUGUAAGAAAUGGCUCUUGAGACCUUCUUGUUCACCUCUGAGUCCGUCAAUGAGGGUCACCCAGACAAGCUCUGCGACCAGAUCUCCGACGCCGUUCUCGACGCCUGCCUAGCUCAGGACGCCGACAGCAAGGUGGCUUGCGAGACCUGCACCAAGACCAACAUGGUCAUGGUGUUCGGUGAGAUCACCACCAAGGCUAAUGUGGACUACGAGAAGAUCGUCCGUGACACUUGCCGCAACAUUGGGUUCGUGUCGGCCGACGUGGGUCUUGAUGCCGAUAACUGCAAGGUGCUCGUCAACAUUGAGCAGCAGAGCCCUGAUAUUGCCCAAGGUGUCCAUGGCCAUUUGACCAAGAGGCCCGAGGAGAUUGGAGCUGGUGACCAAGGUCACAUGUUUGGCUAUGCCACUGAUGAGACCCCAGAGUUGAUGCCUCUCAGCCAUGUGCUCGCAACCAAGCUCGGUGCUAAGCUCACCGAAGUUCGCAAGAAUGGUACUUGCGCAUGGUUGAGGCCUGAUGGCAAGACCCAAGUCACCGUUGAGUACUUCAAUGAGAACGGUGCUAUGGUUCCAAUCCGUGUCCACACUGUCCUAAUUUCGACCCAGCAUGAUGAAACCGUGACCAACGAUGAGAUUGCUGCUGAUCUGAAGGAGCAUGUGAUCAAGCCUGUGAUCCCAGAGAAGUACCUGGAUGAGAAGACCAUCUUCCACUUGAACCCAUCUGGCCGAUUCGUCAUUGGAGGACCUCAUGGUGAUGCUGGUCUCACCGGCCGCAAGAUCAUCAUCGACACCUACGGAGGCUGGGGUGCUCACGGAGGUGGUGCCUUCUCCGGCAAGGACCCAACCAAGGUUGACAGGAGUGGAGCCUACAUUGUGAGGCAGGCAGCCAAGUCCAUUGUUGCCAGUGGACUUGCAAGGAGGUGCAUUGUGCAAGUUUCUUAUGCCAUUGGUGUGGCUGAGCCACUGUCCGUGUUUGUUGACUCUUACGGCACCGGAAAGAUUCCCGACAAGGAGAUCCUCAAGAUUGUGAAGGAGAACUUUGAUUUCAGGCCUGGUAUGAUUGCCAUCAAUCUUGAUCUCAAGAGGGGCAAUGGAAGAUUUUUGAAGACCGCUGCUUAUGGGCAUUUUGGAAGGGAUGAUGCUGACUUCACCUGGGAGGUGGUGAAGCCACUCAAGUGGGAUAAGGUUCAAGCUUGAAUCCAACAUUGAAUUAAUUUGAAGCAUGUGCCGCUGAUGCUCUCUAUACUGGCAUUUUGCCAUUCUAUUUUUUCUUAUUGAUUUUUACUUUUAUUUUUGUGUUCUUUCAAGAAUGUGUUGGUAGCUUACUAUGUAUUCACAGAGGCUGUAAUUGUAUGCUAUUGCUACUCCCAAAGUUUAAUAAAGAAAAAUUGAUAAGAGUGGUUUUGCUGUGGAGUAGCAACAAUGUUAAAUUGUUGUUACACAUGGCGAGUGGCAUUUUUCUAACAGUGUUUCUGCCUCA